UCCCGCGCGUUUUAUUAUCGUGGAGAAUUGGCGAUUGUUUUAUCCAUAAAAACGUUUGAUCAAUAAAAAUAAAUAUCAUCUUGACAUAAAAGAGUAUAUAAAAAAUACACAAAUAUGAAGAUUGAAGAAGUUAAAAGUUCUGCUAAAACUCAACGAGUAUCAGGACAUUCACAUAUUAAAGGACUUGGUCUUGAUGAAAAUGGUGUUGCAAUACAAUCAGCAGCCGGUCUGGUUGGUCAAACAUGUGCAAGAGAGAAUGCUGGAACAAUUGUUGAUUUGAUAAGAUGUAAAAAAAUGGCUGGUAGUGGUGUGUUAUUGGUUGGUCCACCAGGUACUGGUAAAACAGCAUUGGCAUUGGCAAUUGCCCAAGAACUUGGUAGUAAAGUACCAUUUUGUCCAAUGGUUGGAUCAGAAAUAUACAGUGCUGAAAUUAAAAAGACUGAAGUACUCAUGGAAAACUUUCGUCGUGCAAUUGGUAUUAGAAUAAAAGAAACAAAAGAAGUUUAUGAGGGUGAAGUUACUGAAUUAACACCAGUUGAAACUGAAAAUCCAAUGGGUGGUUAUGGAAAAACAGUAUCACAUGUUAUUAUUGGCUUGAAAACAGCCAAAGGAACAAAACAAUUAAAACUUGAUCCAUCCAUUUAUCAAUCAUUGCAAAAAGAAAAAGUUGAAGUUGGUGAUGUCAUUUAUAUUGAGUCAAAUAGUGGAGCUGUUAAAAGACAAGGUAGAAGUGACAAUUAUGCAACUGAAUUUGAUCUUGAAGCUGAAGAAUAUGUGCCAUUACCAAAAGGUGAUGUUCAUAAAAAAAAAGAAGUUGUACAAGAUGUUACACUUCAUGAUUUAGAUGUUGCCAAUGCUAAACCACAAGGUGGACAAGAUAUUAUGUCAAUGAUGGGACAAUUAAUGAAACCCAAAAAAACUGAAAUAACAGAUAAAUUAAGAAAAGAAAUAAAUAAAGUUGUCAAUGGUUAUAUUGAUCAGGGUAUUGCUGAACUUGUACCAGGUGUAUUAUUUAUUGAUGAAGUACAAAUGUUGGAUAUUGAAACAUUUACAUAUUUAAAUCGUUCAUUAGAGAGUGCAAUUGCUCCAAUUGUUAUAUUUGCAACAAAUCGUGGUCAUUGUAAUAUUAGAGGCACAGACAUCAAGGCACCACAUGGUAUACCAUUUGAUUUUCAUACUCGUUUAAUAACAAUUAAAACACCACCAUAUGUUAAAUCGGAAAUUCAACAAAUUGCCAAAAUUCGUGCUGUUACUGAAGGCCUACAAAUUGAGGAUGAAGCAUUAGCUGCACUUGGUGAGUUGGGUGCAACGACAACACUUAGAUAUGUCGUACAAUUAUUAACACCAGCAUCUUUAAUUGCUAAAAUUGAUGGAAGAAAAGUCAUUCAAAAACAAGAUGUCGAAGAAGCUGCUGAAUUAUUUAUUGAUGCUAAAUCAUCAGCUAAAAUUCUCAUUGAAAAUUCUAAUUUAUUUAUGGAAUAGAUUUUUCUUUAAUCUUAGGCUUGUGUGAAUAUAAAUUUAUUUUAAUAAGAAAAAAAAAAAAAUAACAAAAAGAAAAAAAAAAAGACAAAACACUUACGUUAAAGUUUUUUAAGACGAAAAUGACUUCAUAAAAUAUCAUUUAAUUUUCAAGUUUUGUAAAAAAUAAUAAAAAACAACAUUAAUGUAAA